CCUCUCUCUCAGCCUGGAACGAAAUACAACGGAUAGCAACGGGUAGUAUUUCCACAAAUUUCUUGUAUAAAAAGCGGAAUUCCAGAUCCAUUGAAACUAGCAUUUAAGCUAUCUUAUCUUGAGAAGUUUAUUCUUGCUAUUGAAGAUGGACCGCCGAAGCUCACAGGAAAGUAAUGUCGACAUGAUGCACCAUCCAGCGCUCGUUGACCAUCGGGAUUACACACGACAACCACAGUCGACGGCGUCCGAAAGUACGCCAUUGCCGUCAACGUCGUCGGCUUGUUCAUAUCAGACCGUCAGAGCUUGUGCGACCAGUCCCACUCCAAACAUAGAACGCGAGAUUCUCGAGGAACAGAAGAGACAAGCUGAGGUUCGGCAAUCUUGUUGCACCCCUGGCUUGAAACCGGUUGCGUUGCUGCCUCUGCAUGCAGUCGCCACAGAUUCUACCCUGAUGUCUGCGGAGGUUUCCGCCGAGGUAUCGGUGCGACAAAAAAUUAUGAGAAUGUUAUCGGCCCAGCGUAAGGCAGACUUCAUGAGGCAAAAAAUGGCCGAAGCGCCGAAACUCUCGGACUAUCCGACCAAUCCGAACAAAUCGCGGGCCAGCCACGUUUACAGUCCAGAGGAGGCGGCCAAGCGGGAGAAGAACAAUAUGGCAUCGCGAAGGUCCCGCAACAAGAAGAAAAUCGAGGAAUGGAUGCUUAAUAAUUCUCUGCAGUAUCACCUGAAGGAAAUUGCUGAAUUGAAUCAAAAACGGCUGAUUGUAAGCAUGGAAGUCGAACAGCUUGAAAAACUAUUAUUCGGUGAUCAGUUGACCGCGGAUAAGGUGUUGGAGUUGCGACGGAGCCAUGGAUACACGGAAAGUAUCCGUUCGGACUAUGGAAUAGAUGAUUUGUCUGCUGUUCCAGAUAUAACCGAAUAAAGUAAAGUAUGCGAUAAA